AUGUCAGUCAAGAGCUGCAAUAGAGCCACGGUCACUACUGUGCUCGUGUUCUUCCUAAAGAUACAACUCUCAGUACCAGCGUCACUGAAUGGGUCAAAAUGGUCCUAUAUUGGUCCUGAUGGAGAGAACACCUGGCCGAAGAAAUAUCCAUUUUGUGGAGGAGUAUUUCAAUCACCAAUAGAUUUUCACAAAGAUAUUCUCCAAUAUGAUUCUAAUCUCUCACCUUUAGAAUUCAUAGGCUAUAAUGUGUCUUCCACUGACCAGUUCACACUGACUAAUAAUGGGCACUCAGUGAAAAUGCAUCUGUCACCCACCAUGCACAUCAGAAACCUCCCUUUUGAAUACACUGCAUCUCAACUUCACCUGCACUGGGGAAACAGAAACAAGUCGGAAGGCUCAGAGCACACAGUCAGCGGGAAGCACUUUGCAGCAGAGGUGCAUAUUGUACAUUAUAACUCUGAGAAAUAUCCAGAUAUAACAGCAGCAAUGGACAAAGCAAAUGGACUGGCAGUUUUGGCUAUUCUUCUUGAGAUUGGACCCUUCAACCCAUCGUAUGAAAAGAUCUUCAGGCACUUCCGGAAUGUGAAAUAUAAGGAUCAGAUGGUCCAUGUCCCUGGUUUCAACGUUCAGGAAUUGCUUCCUGACAGACCAGCUGAGUAUUAUCGCUAUGAAGGAUCCCUGACAACUCCUCCUUGCUACCCCAGCGUUCUCUGGACAGUCUUCCGGCACCCCGUUAAAAUUUCACAAGAGCAGCUGCUGGCACUGGAAACAGCCAUGUACUGCACAGAGAGUGAUGACCCAGAACCCCUGGAAAUGGUCAAUAACUUCCGAAACGUUCAGGAGUUUCGUGAAAGACUUGUUUUUAUCUCCUUCCGUGAAGGUGUUCUUGUUUCUGUUGUGAUAGCCUGCAUUAUGGGAGUUCUCAUCUUCCUUCUAGUAGCUUGUUGCCUAUGCAGGAGGAAAAGCUGCAAAAAAGAAGAGAACCGAGAGGUCACCUACACACAAGGCAGGCACCAGAAGGAAGAAGCUAUUUCCAAACUAUGAUGCUGUGCUCUGUCUCAGAUGCCCCGCUUCUUUCAUAGCACUGACUGAUUCUGCACUAGUGGAACAUGAUGCGUUCUCUUGUGGAGUGGAUUCCCUUGCUCUUGGCUAACGAUAAGCUCAGAGUAUUCUACAAAUGUACCAGCCCAAACUUCUA